UUCAUUAACCUACCCGAAAAAUAUCCAAUUGCUGCCCGUUUUCUUUCGUAUUUCACCCUCUCAGCUGCCCGUUCUUCCCUGCCGUCGCUUUUCGGGCAGUUUCCAAACUUCAAUAUUCACGCAUCCCACCUCACCUUCUCACUUCUUGGACUCCAUAAAUAUGCGGAAUUCCAUACUCUCCCAAUUCCCAACUCUCCUACCACCACCAUCACCACCGCCCUCCACGGUGGUGAAAAGUGUCCUCCGGUCAGAUAUUUCAUAAGGGUGUUCAAGUAUACUUUUAAAAGUAAUAUACUGACCAUCUUUCGGUAUUCGCUGCAGCAGCAGAAUAAAGUUGAGAUUUUUAUUAUGGGUCAGAAACUCAGUUGUGGAACAAGUGAUGAACAUGAACUCUUCUCUGCUGUCCAGUGUGGUGAUUUGGAGACUGUGAAGGGUCUGUUUGAGAGAAAUCCGAGUCUUGUUCAUCAUUCUACUGUUUAUGAUCGACAAUCUGCUUUACAUAUUGCUGCUGCUAAUGGCCAGAUUGAGGUUGUUUCUAUGCUUGUAGACCAGUCUGUCAAUGUUGAUCUAUUCAAUCGGUAUAAGCAGACUCCAUUGAUGCUGGCAGCGAUGCACGGGAAGAUCUCUUGUGUGGAAAAGCUUAUUGAAGCGGGGGCCAAUAUUUUGAUGUUCGAUACGCUGAAUGGGAGAACAUGUUUGCACUAUGCUGCCUAUUAUGGUCACUCUGAUUGUCUCAAGACAAUUCUUUGUGCUGCUCAGACAUCGCAUAUUGCGUCUUCCUGGGGAUAUGCUCGGUUUGUGAACGUUAAAGAUGGUAAAGGAGCAACACCUUUGCACUUAGCAGCCCGUCAAAGACGGCCUGAAUGUGUUCAUAUUUUACUAGACAAUGGUGCUCUAGCUUGUGCUUCUACUGGUCGAUAUGGUUUUCCAGGGAGUACAUCACUUCAUUUGGCUGCAAGAGCUGGUUCUCUUGAUUGCAUCCGUGAAUUGUUAGCAUGGGGAGCAGAUCGAUUACAAAGAGAUGAUUCAGGGAGAAUACCAUACACAAUUGCUUUUAGACACAAACAUGGUGCAUGUGCGGCUUUGCUGAAUCCUUCAUCUGCAGAGCCUCUUGUCUGGCCAUCGCCUUUGAAGUUCAUUAGUGAGCUGAAUGAAGAGGCAAAACAUUUGCUAGAAUGUGCCCUAAUAGAGGCGAACAAGGAGAGGGAAAAGAACAUCCUAAAAGGAACAACUUAUUCGCCACCUUCGCCAACCAAUUCUGAUAAUGAGAUGGAUGACAACGUCUCUGAGGUCAGUGAUACAGAAGUUUGUUGUAUAUGCUUUGAUCAAGUAUGCACUAUUCAGGUCCAGGACUGCGGGCACCAGAUGUGUGCACAUUGUGUACUGGCCUUGUGCUGUCAUAAAAAGCCUAGUCCUACUACGACCAGUCCUACCGCACCUGUGUGCCCAUUCUGUCGUAGCAUCAUUGUUCAAUUAGAUGUUAUCAAGCUUGAAAAGAAAGAUGGCACGAGCCACGAUGUUUCUUCCUCAAAGCUCAGGAAGUCUAGGAGAUCAAGAAACUUCAGUGAGGGCAGUAAUAGUUUUAAGAGCUUAUCUGCAGUAAGCUCUUUCGGCAAAAUGGUUGCUCGCGGCUCUGGCAGAAUUGCUGCUGAAGACGUAUACAUUGAUAAGCCAAUAAUUCUUGACUGAUAGCAGAAUUUUGCAUCAAGACUUCCAAUUGACGUGGGUUUUAAGAACGUCCUAAAUGGUACAUAUCGAAAAGAUCUUUCUCUCCGAUCUCCGAUCACUUGACAGGAAGCAAGCGGAAGUCAAAAUGUUUUGCGCGCUUGGAUUGGUCAGUAGUAUAUUGUCUUCUGUGAGUGCAAGUAAACCACAAAAUUGCUGUUAAAUUCUUUUUAAUUGUGGUCGAUGAAGGACGCCUAGUUGUACCUUGGAAUAGAAAGAAUUUUGUUACCA